AUGGCAUCACUUAGUUUUCCAAUUUCCAUAUCCAUAUUGUUGUUGCUGAUCAUCUCCACCUCCACAACCAUCGCUGCAGCUUCUUCACGUUCAGGCCGCCCGAGCAAGCGAAACGGCAGCAGCACUGACCUCGCUGCGCUGCUGGCUUUCAAGGCGCAGCUCUCCGACCCUGCCGGCAUCCUCGGCGGCAACUGGACCGCCACCACGUCGUUCUGCAAAUGGGUGGGCGUAUCCUGCGGUGGUCGCCAGAGGCAGCGCGUGGCUGCCAUCGAGCUGGCAGACGUCCCUCUCCAUGGAGCGCUCAGCCCGCACCUCGGUAACCUCUCUUUCCUCUCCGUGCUCAACCUCACCAACGCCAGCCUCGCCGGCGCAAUCCCAGGCGAGAUCGGCAGGCUGCGUCGCCUCAAGCUCCUCGAUCUCGGCCACAACGCCCUGUCCGGUGGCGUCCCGGCCGCCAUAGGCAACCUCACCAUGCUCCAGCUCGUUCACCUCCAGUUCAACCACCUCUCCGGCCCGAUCCCACCGGAGCUCCGGCGCCUGCGUGAGCUCCGCGCCAUGAACGUCCAGAGAAACUACCUCACUGGCUCCAUACCGAACGACUUGUUCAACAACACUCCCCUGCUGACUCACCUCGACAUGGGCAACAACAGCCUUUCAGGGCCGAUACCACGUUGCAUCGGCUCGUUGCCACUGCUGCAAUACCUCAGCUUGCAGGUGAACAAUCUCUCCGGGCCGGUGCCACCGGGCGUCUUCAACAUGUCUGCCUUGCGUGUUCUAAGCCUGGCCACCAAUGGAUUGUCCGGGGCCAUAUCGGGACCGGGCAACACGAGUUUCAGCCUCCCUGCUGUGGAGUUCUUUUCAGUCCAUCAAAAUCGAUUCAGCGGCCUAAUUCCAUCCGGGUUUGCAGCUUGCCGGCGCCUCCAAAGCCUCUACCUGUCCGUGAAUUCGUUUCAGGGCGUCGUCCCUGCAUGGCUCGGCGAGCUGACGGCUGUCCAAGUCAUCAGCCUGUAUGAGAAUCACUUCGACGCAGCUCCAAUCCCAGCUGCACUCAGCAACCUCACCAUGCUACGUCUGCUAGACCUCCAAUCAUGUAACCUUACAGGACCCAUUCCACCAGAGCUUGGGCAGCUACGCCAACUUUCAGUGUUGAAUCUUUACAGCAACCUACUGACUGGACCUGUUCCUGCUUCUCUCGGUAACCUGUCUAACAUGAUUUACCUGGAACUGGAACAAAACAUGUUGGAUGGACCGUUGCCUAUGACGAUCGGUGACAUGAACUCGCUGACGGAACUUCUACUCGCAGAAAACCACCUGCAAGGGGAUCUCAAAUUCCUGUCUGUUCUUUCAAAAUGUAGUAUGCUUUCAGCACUUCAAUUCCACACGAAUCAUUUCACCGGGACCCUCGUCCCGGACCACGUUGGGAACCUUUCAAGCUAUCUGCAAGUUUUCGAUGCAUCCGACAACAUGAUUGCUGGUGGUCUUCCGGCUACGGUUUCUAACUUGACUGGUCUUGAGAUUCUAGAUCUCGCAAGAAACCAGCUUCAGAACCCAGUUCCAGAACCAAUCAUGAUGAUGGACAGUAUCCAGUGGCUUGAUCUCAGUGGAAAUAGGCUGUCUGGCACCAUUCCCUCGAAUGCUGCAAUCCUGAAGAAUGUUGAAAUCAUAUACCUUGACAGCAACCAAUUUUCUGGCUCCAUUCCUAGCGGCAUCGGUAAUCUCACCAAACUAGAGAUCCUAAUAUUAUGUGAUAACCAGUUCACAUCUACCAUACCACCGAGCUUGUUUCGUCUUGAUAGGCUCCUCGGAAUAGAUCUGUCUCAAAACUUGUUAAGUGGUGCAUUACCAAUUAAUAUAAGUUUGAAGCAAAUGAACAUGAUGGAUUUGUCUACCAACCACUUAGUUGGUAGCCUGCCAGAUUCACUUGGGCAGCUUCAGAUGAUGAGCUACCUGAACCUAUCACUCAAUUCGUUUCAUGACCCGAUCCCACCCUCUUUUGAGAAGCUGACAAGCUUGCAAACUUUGGACCUGUCCCAUAACAAUAUCUCCGGAGCCAUCCCAAAGUACCUGGCUAACUUUACCAUACUCACUAGUUUGAAUUUGUCCUUCAAUAAGCUUCAAGGUCACAUACCAGAAGGAGCUGUAGCUUUCUGCCUAUGUGUAAUGCUUAAGAAAGUUAAGAAGCGUCAAGGGAAUUCUGCUGGUAUGGUUGACAUGGUUAAUCAUCAAUUAGUCUCCUACCAUGAACUCGCUCGUGCUACCGAAAAUUUCAGUGAUGCUAACAUGUUGGGGUCUGGAAGCUUUGGGAAAGUUUUUAAGGGCCAGCUGAGCAAUGGUCUGGUGGUUGCCAUAAAAGUUAUACACAUGCAUAUGGAACAAGCUAUUGCAAGGUUUGAUGCAGAGUGUUGUGUGCUUCGAAUGGCUCGACAUCGCAACCUGAUAAAGAUAUUGAACACCUGCUCCAAUCUAGACUUCAGAGCACUGGUGCUUGAGUACAUGCCCAAUGGGAGCUUAGAGGAGCUCUUACACUCUAACGGAAGAAUACAAUUGCAGUUCAUAGAGAGGCUAGACAUCAUGCUACAUGUGUCGAUGGCAAUGGAGUAUCUACACCAUGAGCAUUGCGAGGUGGUCCUACACUGCGACUUGAAGCCUAGCAACGUGCUAUUUGAUGAGGACAUGACUGCGCAUGUGGCGGAUUUUGGCAUUGCAAGGAUUUUGCUUGGUGAUGAAAAUUCCAUGAUCUCCGCAAACAUGCCUGGAACAAUUGGAUACAUGGCACCAGAGUAUGGCUCUGUUGGAAAAGCUUCACGGAAGAGCGACGUGUUUAGCUAUGGGAUCAUGCUCCUUGAAGUCUUUACUGGGAAGAGACCCACAGAUGCUAUGUUUGUUGGUGAACUGAGCCUCAGGCAUUGGGUCCAUCAGGCAUUUCCUGAAGGGCUUGUCCAGGUCGUGGAUGGUCGUAUUCUACUUGAUGAUGCUUCUGCUACCAGCAGCCUGAAUGGCUUUCUUGUGGCAGUGAUGGAGCUGGGUUUGCUCUGCUCAGCUGACUCGCCGGAGCAAAGAAUGACAAUGAAGGAUGUGGUGGUGACACUAAAGAAGGUCAGGAAGGAUUACAUCAAGAUGGUCGCAAUGAAGCCGAGUGCCAUCCAGCGCCCAGCAGUGAUCGAUUAG